AUGCUCGGUCUUACUCCCAUCGAUACCUCGCACGUCUCUCCGGACGUCUGGGCCCUGAUCCUGGGUUGCCUCCGCCGCCCGCUGCCCGCUCCCCUCUCGCAGCCCUCCAGCCGAGAUGGCUUGCGCCAGCCAGACUUGGCGAGCUCGCGGUCCGUUUGCAAAAUGUUCCACCAAAUAUCUACACCGCUCCUUUUCUCCAUCAUCUCCACCGAUGACUUCCCAUCCCUUAUCGCUAGUAUCACCAAUCUUACCUCCCCAUCCUCACCACUUCGCUAUACCAAGCGCCUCUACGUCGAGUACAGCGAUAAGGCCCGCGAUAUUCCCUAUUCUGAUCUCGUCAGCGCCGGCGGUGUCUUCUGGGAUGCCUGCGGCGGGAUUGACGCGACAGGAGAAAUGAAGCGGCGGAUGACCAAUUGCGGGAUAGAGGUCCGGUGGUUGUCCAAGGCGUUGAGGCGGAUACAAAAGGCGGGACUAGGGGAGAUCAUGCCGCAGCUACGGACCGUGGCGGUAUGCUCGAUAGAUGGCAAAACAAACCUCGACUGGAACGACUACUCGGAGAUGUCGGCCGGUAGCGAACUGAGCAGUCCGCAGGCCUGCGCCGCUCUCUUCGAGUCGGUCCUCGCCGGAUCCAACGUCACUCGAGUAUGCACUCGAGAGACAUGCGGCCCGCUCAGUCCCCUAUCCUCAAAAAUUACCUCUCCCCCCAAUGCUCCCCCCGCUACGUUCCACUUCGGAUCGCGGUACAACCAACCCCCACCUCCGCCCGGACCCCCUCCCACAAUCCCUACCGCUAUGGUCUGCACGCCUCAGGAUGAGCCCCUGCCCCUCGCUCUCGGUCGGUCGGUUCGGUGGACAUCGGAGCUGGGCGCGGAGGAAGACUUUGCGGGCAUGAUUCGUUGCGCGGGGAACAAGACCCAAACCCUCGCGAAGGGCCGUACCGCAUCCGAGAAGGUCUCUCCGGCCUCGGCGGUCAACCUGGAGAUCUUCUCGUCCUCCCCGGUCUAUAUCGCCCGGGACCCGUCGCUGGUGUUAAGCGACUUGAUACUUUCCCCCCUCGGCGCGACAGCAUGCACCUCGAACCAGUUCAUACAAAAGGUUAUUUUCACGCCGGAACAGGAACGUGUUUUCGCCUACCUGGAAGGAGAGGGGCUUACGAACUUACUGAGGGACUUGGGAGGCGUGCAUGAUCAGGUCCAGUGGAGAAGUUCAGGAGAAACACCCAUCUGCGAAGCGUGCGGCUCGGGCGCUCCCGCUCCGAGGCGGGGUUGA